AUGACCCAUGCGGCAGAUGACGUCACAGAGCACCGGCACAUCUUUCAUGUCGGCAGCUCACAUCGGGACGGCGUCGCCCGGCGAGUCAAUAUGAAGACCAUGAGGGAGUACGUGAGCUGGCUUUACUAUCAGUACCUGCUCAUCACCGGCAUCUACGUGCUGGAGCCGUGGGAGAAGUCCAUCUUCAACGCUGUCCUGUUCACCAUGGUGGCCAUGGUGGUUUACACUUCUUACGUGUUCGUCCCCAUUCAUAUGCGCCUGGCGUUGGAGUUCUUCUCAGGGCUCGCGCGAGGCCAUCUGGAGCGCACUGUGGCUCUCAUGAGCUGAGCGUGGAUACAGAUCCUUUACUUUAAAACUCAGGAAUGAACAAGCCAGAUGACAAGUGACGUGGAAACACUUCUUUUUUUUAAUUUUGGGGUGAUAUCAGCGGUCAUCUGUGCACUCCUCAACAUCUUGACCCUGAUAUUUGUCACCAAUCUGACUUGUUUUGACUAUUUUCCCCAGUGCAAAUGAAGAGGUGUUCAAUUUCCUUUUUCAUUUAUUAUUACUGGUGCUGGUUUGUGUGUUUUGUCAUUUUGUAAUCACCUAUGCAACAGACGUGUUUCUAUUGUAAAACUCGGUCACACAUUAGGUUUUUGAAAUGUUUGCCUGAUUUGAUGUGAUUGUUCUGGCCCCAGGUGUGGUGUGGUCUGCAUCCACACACAACACAAGAAUAAAGGCCACAAUAUAAUGGGCCUCAUUCAUGAAACAUUCUCAAAUAUAUGAGGAAAUUCCCAGUAAUUUGCGUAAACAGACCUUCCCGAAAACUUUCCUCCGGAUUCACAAAUACUUCGUAAACGUCAGAUUUCAUAGUAAAAUGUGUGUACCUUAAAGAUAUACAAUCGUUCGUAAACAGGGCGCACAUGUGUACUCAUUCUCAAUUAGCAUAAACGCGGACUAUAAAAUGCAGCUACGCAAAUUACGUAGCUGUAAAAUAUCUUGUUGUUCAUUCUCUCCUUUGCUUACUCCAACUUUAAUCCUCCUAGUAGCAUGGCCUUGUAAACUAACGGUACUGUUUAGCGUGUUGACAAAAUGUUUAUGCUCUCCUACUUGUAAGUCGCUUUGGAUAAAAGCGUCUGCCAAAUGAAUAAAUGUAAAUGCAAAUCUAGGAAUGCUGGAAUCCUCUGGACUUCAUUCUCUGGUUUGGCUACAUUAUAUUGCAUAAAUGCAUUUGAUACUAAUUGGCUAUAUGCCUAACAAAAAAUUAAUCAGUUAAACUGUGUCCACCGAAGCCUUUUUAGCCAGCUGAAAUAUUAAUGGUGCUCUUCUGAAAACGACCAGCUGGUGGCGCUUGAGAACGCUUUGGAUGCACUGCGCGUUAUUCCCGAGAUGCGUUGGUUGCUGUGAUUAGAAUAUCCGCAACAGUUGGCCUACUUGUUACUAAUAUCUUCUUUUCAAGAAUAUUGCUGAAUAUGAUAAUGCAGUAACCAUUAAUAGUAACUUCUCCAUAGAGUGUUUUCAGACGCGUCAUCAAUCCGGAAGUCGGCCAUGUU